AUGCAUUUAUCACUGGAUACCAUGAGCAUGGUGGACGACAGCUGCCUCUCACCCAGCCACUUCCACGAAAUGGGGAAGGGUGGGGGCGUCACUGUGGGGGGCUGCGUCCACAGCAUCGAUGUCAUUCUGGGUUUUAGUAAAGACCAGGACCCCAUGCUCAGCCCUGCUGGGGCCCCACGGCCCCAUAAAGUGGACAUAGAUGGCCUGGCAGAGCCUGGGAGGCAGCAGGAGCUCUCAUCACACCCGACCUACAGCGGCCACCUUUCCUCCCUUAGAAACGGCAGCACAGAGCAGCAGCAGCAGUACCAUGAUACCAGCUUAUUCACAAACAAAUGUGAUGAGUUGCUGAGUGAGCUGAGGACGAGUGUCGAGAGUGAUGAAGGCAAGUCUCCAGAGCCAUGCAAGGAUGAACAGCCCAAGAAGAAGCACAGGCGCAACCGCACCACCUUUACCACCUACCAGCUGCACGAGCUGGAGCGUGCCUUUGAGAAGUCCCACUACCCGGACGUGUACAGCCGCGAGGAGCUUGCCGUGAAGGUGAACCUCCCGGAGGUCCGAGUUCAGGUCUGGUUCCAGAAUCGCAGAGCUAAGUGGCGUCGGCAGGAAAAAAUGGAUGCUAGCACUAUGAAGCUUCACGACUCGCCCAUGCUUUCCUUUAACCGCCCAGCACCAGUUCACACCAGCAUGGGUCCGAUGACCAACUCCCUCCCCUUGGACCCCUGGCUGUCCUCUCCCCUGUCCAGCGCCACACCGGUCCACAGCAUACCGGGCUUCAUGGGUCCAGCUCAAGGCCUCCAGCCCAGCUACCCCAGCCACAGCUUCCUCAACUCCACUCCUCACCCUCAUCCUCACUCUCAUCCUCAUCCGUCCAUGGGCCAGGGGAUGCAGAGUAUGGCGCCUCCUCCAUACCAGUGCACAGCACCGUACCCUAAUAAAUAUCCUCUGGAGGAUGUGGACCAGCGUAGCUCCAGUAUCGCUGCUCUGAGAAUGAAAGCCAAGGAACACAUCCAGUCAAUGGACAAGACCUGGCAUCCUAUGUGA